AUGUGGCUUCUAGCAUAUCUAGCAUAUCUUCGCCUGAAAAUUGGCGCCCUCAUCGUGAGGAUUCUAGUCAGACUUAUGUCAGGAGGAUGGAAUGCUAGCCCCGAUGUGAUCACUCAUAUUCCAUCUCGGGAUCCCGGGCGAAAAAUCAAAAUCCAUGUUUAUCGACCCUCAGUGCAUAAAACACAAAUUCCAGGCCCAGUCCUGAUCAAUUUUCACGGAAGUGGGUUUGUCAUACCAGCACAUGGUAGUGAUGAUGCAUUCUGUCGCGAAAUCAGUCAACGCACAAAUUACACUGUCGUAGAUGUUCAGUAUCGACUGUCGCCUGAGUGUCCAUUUCCAGCCGCAAUUCAUGAUACUGAGGAUGUGGUGAAAUGGGUACUACAACAACCCGCUCUUUUCGAUCAGACUCGGAUAUCAGUCUCUGGGUUUAGCGCCGGUGGAACUCUAGCUCUUGUCGCAUCCUCCACUUUGUUUCCGAAAAACACAUUUCGUUCCGUAAUUACAUUCUACCCAAGUACAGAGGGACAUAUUGAUCCGGCGACGUUGGUGGCGCCCGAAGCGGGGGGCCGUCCCAUCCCUGUCUCCACUUUGCGGCUUUUUGCAAAAUGUUAUAUUCAAUCUGAAGUCGAUGCACAGGAUCCCCGGCUGAUUCCCAGUUUUGCCGAUCCCAUACUUUUUCCGAAGAAUGUUCUUGUCAUCACGGCUGGCUAUGAUACUUUAGCUGACGAGGGAGAGAGACUUGCGAGGCAGCUUAAGAAGGAUCCGGAGCGACGGGUUGUAUAUCAAAGAAUGGCGAGAUGCAAUCAUGGUUGGGACAAAAAGACUCGAGCAGGCUCGCAUGAAUGGGAGCUGAAGAACCGGGCUUAUGAUUUGGCUGUCGAGAUGCUUCAUCUGUAG